AGUCGACAGCGGCGGCGGCAGCGGGGCUGCUGCUCCUCCCAGCAUCCCUGGCGCGGCCAUUUCAGCCCCAUCUUGGCCGAGGGGAGGGAGCUGCAGCCGCCGCUUCAGCAGUUUGAAUUUCAGUUUCUCCAGGGUCUGAGAACCGGGCGCGCCGAGGAGCAGCCGAAGAAGCUACCGCCGCUACCUCACACAACCGGAGCGCCUCCGCUCGCCGGCCACCCGGCCGCCGCCCCUCUCUUCUCUCAAGAGCUGUGAGGGGAGGCCGGGGCUGCUGCCGCCGCCCGCGGGGGUGGCUCCCCCUGUAAGGGGAGGACCGAGCCGGCUUUCCCCUCCCUCCCCUGGAGCGGGUUUCCGCCAGAGACCGUCGACAUGUCCCUGGGGCUGAGCUCCGGCUAGUGCCGGGGAGGGAGGGCCGCCCGCCCGCGCCGAAGCUCUGCCGCCCGCCCGCGGACCUUCAGCCAGCCCCAGCCCGCGGCUCUGGGCUGAAUCAGAAAUCCCCGGCUCCGGACCCGCCGCUCCUUUCCCUUCUCGCCUCGUCCGAGAGCCCGGAGCUGACGCCGGCACCAGCCUGAGGAGCCGGAGCGGGGCAGCACCGCCCCUCACGCCGCCGCCGCCUCCUCCCCUUCGCCCUCCCACUCCCACCCCCAGCCAAGGCCUGCUGACCGCGCGGCGCUGGACUGACCACGGCGGCCCGGAGACGGGAGGAGGAAGCAGCCGGCCCGCCCCUAGGAUCGCGCUCUCGCCGCCACUGAGGGGAUUGAAUUGAGGCGCCGCGGCUGCGGGAGGCGAAAAAGGAGGAGGAGCAGCGGCCGCGCGAGUGAGACGGGGGCAGAGCUGAAGAGACCGACACAGAAGGAAACGGAGAGGAGGAUGUCUCACAGAGCGGGCGCCCCGAGGAGCCCGUGACUCUGCCGGCGGCGGCCUCAGACCCCAGCGCGGACUCGGACUUUGUCUUUGGGGGCCCGUGCUCUGCCCUUCCUGGUUUCCAGCAAGUUCGCGGAGGAGCCGGAGUGCCUCUCUGCCCUCCAGCCUUCUUCACCAUGUCCAAGAUGCCGGCCAAGAAGAAGAGCUGCUUCCAGAUCACCAGUGUCACUACGGCCCAGGUGGCCACUAGCAUCACCGAGGAUACCGAGAGCCUGGACGACCCGGACGAGUCACGCACGGAGGACGUCUCCUCAGAGAUAUUCGAUGUGUCUCGGGCCACGGAUUAUGGGCCCGAGGAGGUCUGCGAGCGUAGCUCCUCUGAAGAGACUCUCAACAACGUUGGGGAUGCGGAGACUCCUGGGACGGUCUCCCCAAACCUUCUCCUGGACGGGCAGCUGGCCGCGGCGGCGGCUGCUCCCGCCAACGGAGGAGGAGCCGUUUCGGCCCGGAGCGUGGCUGGGGCGCUGGCCAAUACUCUGGCGGCGGCUGCCACCUCAGCCCCCUCCUCGGGGGCACCCGGCGCCCCACCGGCCGCGGGCUCAUCUGCGGGGUCAGGGACUGCAGCUCCAUCGCAGCCCCCCACUACUUGUAGUUCCCGUUUUCGCGUGAUUAAGCUGGACCACGGGAGCGGGGAGCCCUAUAGACGCGGUCGAUGGACGUGUAUGGAAUACUAUGAGCGGGAUUCCGACAGCAGCGUCUUGACCAGGUCGGGGGAUUGCAUUAGGCACAGCAAUACUUUUGACCAGACUGCGGAGCGGGACAGCGGCCUGGGCGCCACCGGAGGGUCUGUGGUGGUGGUGGUGGCCUCCAUGCAGGGGGCGCACGGGCCCGACUCUGGAACUGACAGUUCCCUGACUGCUGUGUCACAGCUACCCCCGUCGGAGAAAAUGAGCCUGUCCGCUCCGGCCCCGCCGCAGAGUUUUGGCGUUGGGCAGCUCCAGCCGCCGCCGCCCGUAGGUGGGGCUGUGGCUCCAAGCUCAGCUCCGAUGCAGUCGUUCCCGGGAGCCGUGGCCGGACCGCAGCAAGUGAUGACAGCCCCGCAGCCCAGCCAGCCCCAGGGAACCGGGCCCGGCGUCGUUCCGGGGCCCAGUGGACAGGGUCUCCCGCCAACGAAUGUAGCCCUGGUGCAGCCCGGCAUGUCUCUGCCUCCGCAGCCUGGCCCGGCUACCGGCUCUUCUGCAACGCAGCAGCCCCAGCAGUUCGCGUAUCCCCAGCCUCAGAUUACGCCGGGGCAUAUCCUGCCCGUCCAGCCCUCCGGCCCGAGUGAGUACCUGCAGCAGCACGUGGCUGGCCUGCAGCCCUCGAGCCCCGCGCAGCCCUCGGCCUCCGGCGCCGGAGCGAGCCUCGCUGCUGCUGCCAGCCUUCCGGUGGGCACCGGCCAGAAUGCCCCCUCAGGGGCUGCGCAGAUCAUGGGCGCCUCUUCCCUGCCUAGUGAAGCCGUGGCUCCGGGGCCGGGACCCGCGCCAGGCGGACAGGCCGCGCCUUGUCAGCCGGCUGGAGUUCCUCCCGCUGCUGUGGGAGGCGCGGUGCAACCGGGCCUGGUUCCUACCGGGGCCGGGCAGCCCCAGCCCGCUCCUCCGCCGCAGAUGGGAGGCAGCGGUGCACCGUCAGCUGGGUCUGGUGGCCCUCACGCCAUGGUGCCCGGAGUUCCUAACGUGCCUGCCACCGUGUCCGCUCCAAACGUGCCCAGUGUGUCUACCACAUCUGUUACUAUGCCAAAUGUACCCACGGCCCUGGUCCAGUCUCAGCAACUGAGCAGCCAUACGCCAGUCAGCAGGAGCGGCAGCAUAAUCCAGCAAGUCGGGCUGCCCUUAGCGCAAGGCACACCCAGUGCACCAACAAGUCUACCACAGUCUGACUUAAGCCAGUUUCAGACACAGACUGGGCAAGCUGACGAUACUAGAAGAAAAUCAGAACCCCUACCUCAACCACCACUUUCUCUCAUUGCUGAAAAUAAGCCUGUUGUGAAGCCUCCUGUUGCAGAUGCCCUGGCAAACCCCCUUCAGUUAACACCUAUGAACAGUCUUGCCACCUCUGUAUUCAGCAUAGCUAUUCCUGUUGAUGGUGAUGAAGACAGGAAUCCUUCAACUGCUUUCUACCAAGCGUUCCAUUUGAACACGUUUCAGGAAUCAAAGAACCUCUGGGAUAGUGCAUCUGGGGGAGGUGGUGUAGCCAUUGACAACAAAAUAGAACAAGCAAUGGAUCUGGUGAAAAGCCAUUUGAUGUAUGCAGUAAGAGAAGAAGUGGAAGUUCUAAAGGAACAAAUAAAAGAAUUAGUUGAAAGAAACUCUUUACUUGAACGAGAAAAUGCACUGUUAAAAUCUCUUUCAAACAAUGAUCAAUUAUCCCAACUCCCAGCCCAACAGGCCAAUCCUGGUAGCACUUCUCAACAGCAAGCAGUGAUAGCACAGCCUCCGCAGCCAACGCAACCUCCACAGCAGCCGAAUGUCUCCUCAGCAUAAAGCUUUCUUGCCUCAUUAAGAAACAAACUGAAAGCAAUCUAUCCUGUGUGCCACUGGUGUUCUUCCCACUUUAUACGAAAGCAAGUAGCCAUGCUUCGGUUGUGUGUUUGGCCUUUUCAGUAUUAGACAAUCAUUCUACAAGAGCUUUUCCUCUCUUUGAGAUGUCAUGCAGCGCUGUUGAUGUCCAGUUUUAUGUCAUCAGUGCACAAGGAGAAUACUAGAUGGGGUUUAUUAAAGCAAAGUCUGCAUUUCACCUGGUGCGAUGAGCGGGGUCCUUUAAGAGCUUUGGUGGCUCUUCCAUGUGUCUGUCACCCAUGGAUUUACCCUGAGCCUUCCUAUAAUAUUAUAAAUAACAGUUCAUCUAAAGAGCCACUUUUCUUUCAGUAUCAGUAACAUUUAUCAGUUUUCAUUUAUUUGUGUUUUAUUUAUUACAGGGCUGCUAUUUUCAUAAUGUACAUGAACAAUGUCACAGAACUUUUUUAAUUUUUUGAAUAAUUAUAAGUAUCAGUAAAGGAAUUGAAAGACAGGAUUGCAUUUAACAGAUAAAACGUUUUGGCAAUAAUUGAACAAAAGAAUCCUGGCAUAUUUCUAACACUAAUGGCAAUUUACCUUCGGUAUUUAUUUUUAGUAGUAAAGACCCAGCUUGAAUGUAAAUUUUGUAUAGUGUAAGUAUGAAGAACAUAGUGCAACUGUACAGGUAGUCACCAGUUAUUGUGAUAUAAUAAAUAAUUGGGCUAUUUUGAUGAAGAAAACUUUGUUCAUUUGUUUCUACUUUCUAAUAGAGAAAUUGCCACGAUUCCUCUGCUUUUCAACAUUUCGUAUGACUUUUUUUGGGGGGGGUGGGAAUAAAAAGCUGUGAAAUUGUUCAACCUACUUUGUAACCAAAGAAGCAAAGCUGUGUAAUGGAGUUUUUUGUUUUUGUUUUUGUUUUUUUUUUUAUAAUGCACAUUCUUUAUGUAUUUUUAUUUAGUGUUUUCUUGGUCACAAUUUUCUUUGCUGUCUAGCAUGAUCUGCAUGACCUAUACUCUUUGAACCACUUUCGUACCUCAUGUUUUUAUCCAGCACUCUUAUUGUAAUAUGUACUAGUCUGUGAACAAUGUCAAAUAAAAAAGAGCGAACAGGUAGUAUGGUGGAGCAGAGCUAGUGUACUAUACACUAGUUGUAAAA